AUGCAAAAUCAGGCAUACUCUAGAACAUUGAAUGAAGCUACCAAAAAACAAAAGACUAAUGAAAAUACUGAAGGAAUUAAUUCUACUGAAGAGAUUGAUUCUAGUGAAGAAUCAGAUGAUAUUGAAGUUAAAAUUGAGGGAAUCAUUUGUAAAGAAAUAUCAAUCAACAAGAAUUUCAAGGUUAUUAUUGAAAAUUUUGAAUACUACAAGAAGGACAAUAAGGAUCCUUUGGCGAUUGCUAAUAUAAUGAAUCUGACACCAAAAGGUUCAUUUAUAAGAACAUUGCCUAAAGAUGUGUACAAAGAAUACCUUUUAUCACUAGAAUAUUUGGAUAAUAUUAUUCCCAAUGAAACACAUGAUUUUCUAGUAGAAUUUUUUGGGCAGGUUUAUAUUGCUUCUUGGUUAGGAGAAGCUCUUCUUAGACAACUUCAAGGAUUUAGUUUGGAAGAAUUACGUGAAAGAUUGGUAAAUAGUAUUAUUGUGUGCGAUGAAAUAUAUCCAGAACUUGCACCAGAAUUUGUAGAUAAUUUUCGAACAUUCAUCAUACAAGACGAGCCUUAUUUUGAAUCUUGGUUAUGUCGUUCUUCCAUCUAUAUAAAAGAUAAUGAGACAGGAAACCUUGAAGCCAUUAUUAGGCGUAGCUCAGGAGCAUUUUACACCUGGAUGUGUAAGACAUAUGACUCUUCAGAAGAAAAAUGGUCCUUCUUACUAAGAAGACUUUUUUCUGUAGAUGGACUUUGUCUAAAAAAGGCAUUAUCUUUAGGUUAUUUGCUCCUUGAAGAAUCUCCAACUAAUGAAGCUCCAGAGAUUGAUUGUAGUAGUGAUAUUAAAUGGAUAUAUAUUAUAGAUUUAGAUCAUGAAAGGUUCUUGGUGAAAAAUAAACAAGAUGUUGUAUGGGAAUUCGAACUUCAAAAAUUAUUGAUGGAUAUUAGUGAUCCAGAAAAGUCAUUGGUGAAGAAGUUGAUUUAA